AUGGUCGCCGCUCCCAUGCUCUCAUUAGCUAAGCAGCCUCUAAUUAUUUCAAAACAUUUGGCAAUGUCCGACAACGACAAGAUCAUCGAGCAGCUGUCGGUGCAGGUGCUGGAGCAGGCGCAGAAAACGAGUGCGCUCGAGGUGAAUCUUCUGGAGAGCCGCCAGAAGAUCCAGGAGCUCAAACGGCUGCUGGUGGAGAGUCGAAAACAGAAGGAAGAGAGCGACAAGGAGGUGGAGCGACUCAGCUACGAGAUGGAGGACCUGAGCGCGACGCUGUUCGACCAGGCGAACGAGAAGGUCAAGACCGCAAACAUACAAAUCAACGACGUGCAGGUGAAGAACGAGAAGCUUGUAGACACGCUCAAGGACAGAGACAUGACGAUCGAGCUGUUGAACAACGAACUCAAGAACCUCAAGACGAUCAUCUCGGAUUUCGAGACAGAGGAGAAGGCCCAGAGCCGUGCUGCGACGGUCGAGCCCCAGACGGCGCCGGAGUCGCAGUUCACGCUCGACAAGCUGCUCAAGUUCAACGGUAAGCAUAUCUACUCUCCGAUGUUCAACCAGCUGCGGUUCGACCUGACGCUGUUCAACCAGUUCGAAGAGACUCUCGCGACCCUGCAGACGAUCCGCGAGACCUCGUUCUACAAGCAUCUGGUCACCGAGGAGAUCGAGCCCGUGCUACGGCUGGAUCUGUCUCCGUCGGUCAAGUUUUUCCAAAAGAAGUCGUUUGUGACGAGCCUUUUCGAGUCCAAGGUCGUGAUAGAGCCGCUGAGCGCGUCGACCGAGGCCUGGAAGGCCGCACAGACACAAUCUGCGCCGUCGUCGCCCGACCCAACGACGAAACGGGCCAGUUUGAAGAUGUUCAAGUACGACACAAACCUGCCUGUUGCGGUGGAGUCCAAGUGCUCGAUCUGCGGCGAGGCGCGUAUGGCGAUGAACUUUGCGCGGCUGUACGUGCUGCGCGUAAAGGAGGUGGAGUACCUGCUGUGCAUCUCGUGUGCCAGCAAGCUGCGGCGGACGGUUGACCUGCUCGCGCGGCUGAAGGCCCUGAAACAGACCACCGACGAGGGCGAGGUGAUCCGCGCGUGGUGCGAAAUCGCCGAGCUGCGCGGACGCCUGUUCUACGCAAAGCUGGGCAUCUGGGACGACGCGGACGAGGGCGGACUCGUGUACGGCUGGAAGAACAGCUGGCUCGGUCUGCCGCGGCCGGACAAGGCGGGCGAGCCGGCAGAGCCGGCGACAGAAGAGACAGCACAGACAGCUCCUUCCCCUGUUCCUGCCCCUGACGUGCCGCCUCCUGUCUCCAAACGCGAGUCGGACAUCCCGGCGGCCACCCCGGCCGUCCCCGGCUCCACAGGCACUCCAGGCUCCACCGCAGACGAUAUCCUAGACACCUACGCCAACACAUCCGACGAGGAGGUGUUCAACGACGCCUCAGAAGCGCACUCCGUAGCAGACUAA